AUGUCCCUCUUGUUGUCCCAGCAGCUCCGCUUCCCGUCGCCGCAGGUGCUGGGACCAGCUGCCCACCGAGCCCAACCGAACCUUCCCCACGAUGGGAGAAGCGGCUGCUCCAGCGUUUCCCUUCGCUGUGACCCGCAGCCCGGGCACCAGGGCGUCCCUCAAACGGUGCUCGCCGACCCGGCCGAGAUCCCGGCCUUGCUGGGGGCUCCCUUUGGGACAGUGGCUCCUGCUGGGCAGAUCCUACAGGUUCCUGCAGGAAUCCAGCUGCUCCCGCAGGAUGAGGAGCCGCUGGGCGCUGCUGGGCAUCGUGCUCGCGCCGCCUCGGGGCCUCCUCUCCUGUGGCACAAGUUGCACUCCAAGCCCGGCAAGAAGGAGAAGGAGCGUGGCGAGAUCGAGGUGAGCAUCCAGUUCACGCGGCACAACCUCUCGGCCAGCAUGUUCGACCUGUCCAUGAAGGAGAAGCCGCGCUCGCCCUUCGGCAAGCUCAAGGACAAGGUGAAGGGCAAGAAGAAGUAUGACCUGGAGUCGGCCUCGGCCAUCAUCCCCAGCAGCAUCGGCGCCCUCGACGAGGACGACGACGAUGAUUUUGGGGGCAAGAAGUCCAAGGUGAAGGGCUUCUUCCUGAGGAACAAGCUGCGCAAGUCGUCCCUGACCCAGUCCAACACGUCCCUGGGCUCCGACAGCACCAUCUCCUCUGCCAGCCUGGGCAUGGCUGGGAGCGUUCCCGAGGGAACCCCGUCCCCGAGCAGACAUGGCAGCCUGUCCAUGGAGCGCUCUGGCGGCAGCUUCCCCAGGGCGCAGCACAGGGACGAGCCCCGCUUCAUCCCGUCGCCCCCCAGCCUGGCCCUGCAAGAGGAGCUCAAGGUCUCCACGAAAGCCGUGACCCUCAGUAACCAUCUGGGCAGAGCCAGGAUGGAGGAGAGCAGCCGCGCGGGGGGCAAACCCGCCCCGGCGGCAGCGCCCACGGGCUGCCCAGCAGAGGGGACACAAGGAAAACCCAACGAGGAGGCGAGGAAGGAAGAGAAGAAAGACAAGGGCAGCCUCUCCCACCACGGAGGCGGUGGGAGCGACGCGGGCGGCAAAGGCCAGGGGGAGAAAGCAGGAGCCUCGCACGACGCCUCCGUCUCAGCAGCGGCAGGAGACAAACGGAAAAAGCCCAGCAGCCGCUUUGGAUCCAAGGAGCCCCAGGAGCCUCCUCAGAAACCCAGAAAGAUUUCAGUGCAAGUCUCCUCCGACAAGGAGGACGCGCAGGGUUUGUUCAGCUCAACCGGAUUCCUGCACGAGCUAAAGAAAAUUCCUCGUAAAACGCUGCUCCGAUACCCGGAGAGGGAGCCUGCAGCCCAAAGCGUCGGCGUCCCCGUUCCAGAAACAACUCCGCCGGCACAAGGAGAGCUGGCUGCUCCGGACGAGGAUCCCGCUGCUCCCGCUGCCCGCUCCGAGUGGGACGACACUUUCGAUGCCUUCGCCAGCAGCCGGCUCAAGCCGGAGGCAAGAAAGGAGCCCACGUUGGAGCCCUUGGCUUUCCUUGACGAUGCCAGCGCCACGGAGAGGCCGGGCGCCCCGGCUGGCGAGGACGGGAGCGAGGCGUUUGGAAAGGCCUCGGUUAUCAGGGAAGUGCCCCCAAGCCUGCGCUCCUGGGCCCCUUACUCCGGUUUGGACGUGGGGGCGAACCUGGUGAGCACGACCCAGGAGGCCACGGUGAUAGAAGACGUGUUGAGCCCUGUGUCCGCGGGGUCCCUGGGGAGGAGGAAGAGCAGCACGCCGGCGGUUUGGGCACCCAUUUUUGCAUCGGGAAACGCAGGGGAGAAGGGAGCUUCAACCCAACAAGCUGCUGAGAACACUGCCAGGGAAGAAGGGGAUAGCAACGAGGAAGAGCUCCCUAGCGCAGGGGAGAACGGCUGGAUGACCAUAGCCACGGAGACAGCGCCGGAGCCGGCGGCAAACGCGUUUGAGAGGGAGCGGAGAGCCCCGGCGAGCGUCCCCCACGCCGUGAGACCGCUCAGCCCCACGAGCGCUCCGAGCAGCGGCCCGGAGAAGCUGAGAACGGCCGCCACGAGCAGCGUGCAGCCCCUGGCAUCAGUGUCCCACCUGGAGAAGACGGACUCAAAGAAGAUAAAGGAUGCCACCGUCCCGGACCAGUCGGCCAAGUACUAUCACCUGACGCACGACGAACUCAUCCAGCUGCUGCUGCAGAGGGAGAAGGAGCUCAGCAAGAAGGAGGAGCACAUCCGCGAACUGGAGAACUACAUCGACCAGCUGCUCGUGCGCAUCAUGGAACACUCCCCCACGCUGCUCCAGAUCCCGCUGGGCGAAGGAGAGACC